UGUCAAUAUAUACUAUUCAACGAUUUAAUUUGAUUACGACUUAAUUAUGAUUAUAUAGUUUAGCCCUUUGUUUAAUUAUAAAUAAUUCUCGUUGAUAAAUCAUCGUUGCGCAGCAACUAAAUAAAAACAAUAUGAUAUAAUACAAUAAAAUAAUAUUUUCUCAUAGUUAUCGAUUUAAUUUUGUAUAAUUUUAUAAAAUAUUUAAAAAUGAAUGCAAAUGAUGUUCCUACCAUAUUACAAGAAUUUGCACAGCCUCGUCUAAUAAAUGAAGAUAUGUUAUUAAACUUAAUAAUUGAACAAGGACCAAAAGGAAUAGCUGGUAGACUCUUUUAUGAGGAUGGUAUUAACUUGGAUGAAACAAAAGAAAUUCGAAUCGAAUUUCUUAAUAUUUUAAAAAUAGAUUACUUAUGGAUGAUGCCAAAUCUUACAAAAUUAAAAUUAUGCAAUAAUAUAAUUGAAAAAAUAGAAAAUCUUGAUGCUCUUGUUAAUUUGAAAGAAUUAGAUCUAUCUUUCAAUCGUAUUAAAAUAAUAGAAAAUUUAGAGAAUUUAACAAAAUUAGAAAUAUUACUUUUAUUUAAUAAUGAAAUUAAUGAAAUAGAAAAUAUAGAUAGUUUAUACCAUCUUACGAUUUUUAGUAUUGGUAAUAAUAUUAUAUCAAAUUGGAAACAUGUAUUAUAUUUAAGAAAAUUUAAAAAUUUAUAUAGUUUGAACAUGAGUGGAAAUCCAUGCACAGAAGAAGAGGGAUAUUUAGAUUAUGUAUUUGCAUUUAUACCUCAAUUAAUUUAUUAUGAGUACAAAAUGAUAACUAAAGAACAAAGACAAACAGCUAGAGAAAAACACUAAGCUUUACAUAUUUUAGAAGAAACAGAAAUGAAAGAAAAAGAAGAAUUGAAUAUAAGACAAGAACGUGAAAAAAAAUUAGCUUUUCUUACUACUGCAUGUGUAGAAUAUCUUGAUGAAGAUCAUCUUUUUUAUCAAAUGUUU